AUGCACUGGCAAAAAUCUUCUGGCCCAGAGCAGCAGCCACAGCCUCGCCCCUACCAAGGUGUCAGAGUGAAGGAGCCAGUGAAGGAGCUGCUGAAGAGGAAAAGGGGGAAUGUCCAAAAUUCCAGUGCAACUGCAGCUACAACGGUUGUUUUGCCCCACCAGCCAGUCCCUUCCUACUCCCCCAUGGGCCAGCCCUGCAUUGAGGUGGACGCUGCUGGCCCUGCCCUGCCUGGCCCAGAGGAAGGAGCUCUGGCCUCCGGGUGGAUUUCCCAGCCCUCUGGCAGCUCCCUGCAGCCCCUGGCUCAGUGGAGCCCUUACCCUGAGCUGGUGUCCCACGAGGCUGGCAGCUGUCCCUGCACUGCAGAUAUGUUCGUGCAGCCCGUGUGCCCCAGCUACACCCUGGUGGGACCCUCCCCUGUCCUCACUUACACUUCCCAGCCUCUCAUCACCAAUUUUGCACCCCGCAGCACGCCCCCGGCCGUGGUGCCCCCGCUGGAGGUGCCGGAGCCGCAGCCGCCGCUGCCGUACUUCCCCUGGGCACAGCCGCUGCCAGCCCUGCCCGCCUCCACCCUGCAGUACCCGGCAGCCUCCUCCUCCUUCCCCGGGCCCCAGCUGCUGCCCGUGCCCAUCUCCAUCCCCGAGCCAGCCCCGCAGGAGCUGGAGGAUGCCCGCAGAGCCAUCGGCGCGCUGCCCAUCGAGAAGCUGCUGCUGGAAGAUGAAGACAAUGAUACAAUUCUGCAUAUUUAUGCAGCUAAAGGCCUGCGGGCCCACACGCUGGCAGCCGCAGAGCGCAUGAGGGCCCUGAGGAGACUGGAUGCCAAGGAGCACAGAGGAAAGACCCCCCUGCUGGUGGCUGUCACUGCCAGGCAGGCAGCGAUUGUCCACGACCUGAUCCAGGCAGGAGCAGAUGUCAACGCUGUGGACAACAAAGGACAGACAGCUUUACACCUGGCUGCCACAUAUGGCUACACCCAGGUCCUCCAGGAUGUGAAAAGCAACAAGACAGUUCUUCAUUACACAGUGCAGGAUGGGAACGUCUCCCUGCUCAGGUACUUCCUGGAGCUGAACGCUUUCAAGUCCAAGGAUUUUGUCAACAACAAGGCCCAUGGCAACACAGCCCUGCACAUGGCAGCUGCUUUGCCUGGUGACAAGAACCAGAAGGAAAUCAUCCAGCUGCUCCUGGAGCACGGGGCAGACCCCAGCAUCAGGAAUUUGGACAAUGACCAGCCAAUCCACAUGGCCCCUCCUGGAAAAGCUGGGGAUCAGGCUGAACCCAGGUGGGGUGAGAGUGUUUCUCCACCUGUGGCCACGAGCAGCACCUCAGACAGCAGAAGAUGA